AGCCGAGCUUUCCGUUUAUUUUCUUCUGAUUCCAAAUUCUGUUUGUGUUCGAAUCUAGCUUGCUUACUAGAUUAUAAAUGCUCGAGUUUCUCAUUGGAAAUCUUCUGCGAUAAAUAGAUAAAAUAGCUGGCGACGGAUUUAAAUAACCCCGUGUAUAGAUACAACAGUGUCUUGCAAACCACUGUCAACUUGUGAAGAUGAGUGUGGAAGCGUAUGGGCCGAGUUCUCAGACUCUAACCUUCCUGGAUACCGAGGAAACUGAGUUGCUCGGAGCUGACACUCAAGGCUCUGAAUAUGAAUUCACUGAUUUUACAUUGCCUAGUCAAACGCAAACUCAAGGCCAAACUCAGAGUCAGCUGGAUAAUCAGGUAAAUGGCCCCGACGAAGUUUUACAGAAUGGACCACUUGAUGACUCUGUUGCUAAAACAAGUCAACUUUUAGCGGAACUGAACUUUGAAGAAGAUGAGGAGGAUGCCUAUUACACCAAGGAUCUCCCGCUGCAUGCCUGCAGCUACUGCGGUAUCCAUGAUCCAGCAUGUGUUGUGUACUGCAACACGAGCAAGAAGUGGUUCUGCAAUGGGAGAGGCAACACCUCUGGAAGCCACAUUGUAAAUCACUUGGUGAGAGCCAAGUGUAAGGAGGUGACUCUCCACAAGGAUGGGCCCCUGGGAGAGACAGUGCUAGAGUGCUAUAACUGCGGCUGCCGCAACGUCUUCCUCCUCGGCUUCAUCCCAGCCAAGGCCGACUCCGUGGUCGUGCUCCUGUGCAGGCAGCCGUGUGCCAGUCAGAGCAGCCUGAAGGACAUCAACUGGGACAGCUCUCAGUGGCAGCCGCUGAUCCAGGACCGCUGCUUCCUGUCCUGGCUGGUGAAGAUCCCCUCCGAGCACGAGCAGCUCCGCGCUCGCCAGAUCGCCGCCCAGCAGAUCAACAAGCUGGAGGAGCUCUGGAAGGACAACCCCACGGCGACCCUGGAGGACCUGGAGAAGCCCGGAGUGGACGAGGAGCCGCAGCACGUGCUGCUGCGCUACGAGGACGCCUACCAGUACCAGAACAUCUUUGGGCCUUUGGUCAAGCUGGAGGCCGACUAUGACAAGAAGCUCAAAGAGUCCCAGACCCAAGACAAUAUAACUGUCAGGUGGGACCUGGGACUGAAUAAAAAGCGGAUUGCUUAUUUCUCAUUACCCAAGACGGAUUCAGGUGAUAUGCGGCUGAUGCAGGGAGAUGAGAUCUGUCUCAGGUAUAAAGGUGAUCUGGCUCCGCUGUGGAAAGGGAUCGGACACGUCAUCAAAGUACCAGACAAUUAUGGAGAUGAGAUUGCAAUUGAAUUGCGAAGCAGCGCUGGAGCACCCAUUGAGGUCACACACAACUUCCAGGUGGAUUUUGUGUGGAAGUCCACCUCCUUUGAUCGAAUGCAGAGUGCCCUGAAGACCUUUGCCGUGGACGAGACCUCCGUGUCCGGCUACAUCUACCACAAGCUCCUGGGCCACGAGGUGGAGGAUGUCAUCAUCAAGUGCCAGCUGCCCAAGCGUUUCACUGCCCAGGGCCUCCCUGACCUGAACCACUCUCAGGUGUAUGCGGUGAAGACUGUUCUCCAGCGUCCUCUGAGCCUCAUUCAGGGGCCACCUGGAACGGGCAAAACGGUCACCUCGGCAACCAUAGUGUAUCACCUGGCCAGGCAGAACAAUGGGCCUGUGCUGGUGUGUGCUCCCAGCAACAUCGCGGUGGACCAGCUGACGGAGAAGAUCCACCAUACAGGCCUGAAGGUGGUCAGGCUGUGUGCCAAGAGCAGGGAGGCCAUCGACUCACCCGUCUCCUUCUUGGCCCUGCACAACCAGAUCCGCAACAUGGACAGCAUGCCAGAGCUGCAGAAGCUGCAGCAGCUGAAGGACGAGACGGGCGAGCUGUCGUCUGCGGACGAGAAGCGCUACCGGGCACUGAAGCGCACCGCCGAGAGAGAGCUGCUCAUGAAUGCUGAUGUUAUCUGCGGCACGUGUGUCGGCGCGGGAGACCCGCGUCUGGCCAAGAUGCAGUUCCGCUCCAUCCUGAUCGACGAGAGCACGCAGGCGACAGAGCCCGAGUGCAUGGUGCCCGUGGUGCUCGGAGCCAAGCAGCUGAUACUGGUGGGCGACCACUGCCAGCUGGGCCCUGUGGUCAUGUGUAAGAAGGCGGCCAAGGCGGGGCUGUCCCAGUCCCUGUUUGAGCGGCUGGUGGUGCUGGGGAUCCGGCCCAUCCGCCUGCAGGUGCAGUACCGCAUGCACCCUGCCCUCAGUGCCUUCCCCUCCAACAUCUUCUACGAGGGCUCGCUGCAGAACGGGGUCACCGCAGGUGACCGUGUGAAGAAAGGCUUUGACUUCCAGUGGCCUCAGCCGGACAAGCCCAUGUUCUUCUACGUGACCCAGGGCCAAGAGGAGAUCGCCAGCUCCGGCACCUCCUACCUGAACAGGACCGAGGCGUCCAAUGUGGAGAAGAUCACCACACGUCUCCUGAAGGCAGGCGCCAAGCCCGAUCAGAUCGGCGUCAUCACUCCCUACGAGGGUCAGAGGUCGUACCUGGUGCAGUACAUGCAGUUUAGUGGCUCCCUCCACACCAAGCUCUACCAGGAGGUGGAGAUUGCUAGUGUGGACGCCUUCCAGGGCCGGGAGAAGGACUUCAUCAUUCUGUCCUGUGUGCGAGCUAACGAACACCAGGGCAUCGGCUUCCUGAACGACCCCCGCCGUCUGAACGUUGCUCUCACCAGAGCAAGGUAUGGCGUGAUUAUCGUGGGCAACCCCAAGGCCCUGUCCAAGCAGCCUCUGUGGAACCACCUGCUGAACUACUACAAGGAGCAGAAGGUGUUGGUGGAGGGGCCUCUCAACAACCUCCGCGAGAGCCUCAUGCAGUUCAGCAAGCCCCGCAAGCUGGUCAACACCAUCAACCCUGGAGCGCGCUUCAUGACCACGGCCAUGUACGACGCCAGAGAGGCCAUGAUCCCGGGAUCUGUGUAUGACCGCAGCAGCACAGGUCGUCCAUCCAACAUGUACUUCCAGACCCAUGAUCAGAUUGGCAUGAUUGGCGCAGGGCCCAACCACGUGGCAGCCAUGAACAUCCCCAUCCCCUUCAACCUGAUGAUGCCCCCGAUGCCCCCACCAGCCUACCUGGGCCAGGCCAACGGCCCCGCGCCUGGGCGCGGAGGUCUGAAUAAGGGCAGAGGAGGGCGCGGCGGGCGCCAGAAGACCCGUGGAGGUGCCACCCACGGGGGCGGCCCGGGCACCAUGGGCAACAGCCAGGCCAGCCAGGACGUGGCGUCCCAGCCCUUCUCCCAGGGGCCCCUGACGCAGGGCUACAUCUCCAUGAGCCAGCCCUCACAGAUGAGCCAGCCUGGCCUCUCCCAGCCAGAACUCUCACAGGACAGUUACUUGGGGGAUGAGUUCAAGUCCCAGAUCGACGUGGCGCUGUCCCAGGACUCUACCUACCAGGGAGAACGCGCAUACCAACAUGGCGGAGUUACUGGACUGUCACAGUAUUAAAAUGGUGGUGACUGGAUGAGCUCGAGGCGUAAGCUGAGCUUGGUCCAACUGCAUUUUAUUCUGGGGAAACACUAAAUAAACAGAACAUGGAGACCUGAUUUCCUCUGCCACGACGGGAGCACCACUCUGAUGGCAACAGGAACGGAACGGAGAGCAACCAAUCACAGGAAGGAGGAGGAGCACCAACCGGAGAGGAGGAGAGCGAGAGAAGGGGAACAAACAGGACUGCGGCAUGGCUGGCAGCCUGCGGAGAGAGAGAGAGAGAGAGAGAGAGAGAGAGGACGGACGGAGAGAGAGAGAGAGAGAGAGAGAGAGACGGAGAGGACCUGACGCUCGGUCUGUCCCGCGCCAAUACGUCCUCUCUGAUGAGUGCACAACUCUCACCCCCCACACACCCCCCCCCCCCCUACGCUGGGGCCCCUCUCUGGAGGAGGCGCCAGUGAGCUGGGGGGCCGGGGGGGCUCUCUGAGCAGAGAGAGGGAGGACCGAGGGAGCACACCCCCGUCCAGAGGCCGAGAGAGGCGCAGCUGCUGCACACUGACACAGUAAAGUUUGACCUUCAUCUCCGAGCUGACUGGUUGUGAGACCUGCUUCAUAUUCUGACAUGGGUGAUCAGAGUCCUGUGAGAGAGAGAGAGGGAGAAAGAAUUGGUAGAUUUGAACUCGUUACGCAGAUCCGGGCUGAUCCGAUGGCCAGCGCAGUUUCCAAAACGAGCUGUUAAAAAAAAACAAAAAAAACAGGAACAUUUAAUGGCGCAGUCUCUGCCCUGAGCUGUGGCUCCUGCGACGUGCCCAGCUUUUAAUUUUAACCAGCUUUUAGCCCUGAAUGACCACUGACGAUGGCUCAGUGAAAUCGCAGAUCUUUAGUAAGAUGAUUUUAAAGUAAAGUGUGAAAUUUGUUCCAGGCCUGAUCCUAGGUAUGGACCACGACAAGUUCACUGUCCCAAAUUAGUUUUCUUCCCAUUCUAAACCUGCGGGGAGCACGCAUCCCAAAACCACAUUCAACAACGUGACAUAAGUUCCUUCUGUAUUUGGUGUGCUUUUGAAAACAUGUCCAAGUUGUUUAUCAAUUCACUGUCAUUACGGUAUUCUGCACCAAUUUACCAUUUGUUUUUUCUGGAGUCUUGAAACUGCAUUGCUUAGAUAUGUGACCAAAACUCCACUCGGACUGUGAUCUUAAUGCUAGAUGAAAUGCCACGUUAUAGGACUUGCUGUGUUUUUGUUCUUCAUACCACUUUUUCAUUUAAUGGCAAAUGAUUUUACAGUGGUGCGAUAUAAAGUCUAAAUGUACCACAAUUAUCCUUUUAGAUCAUCAAAUCCUGUUGUAUGCUUAGUUAGAACACGUGAUUAUAAUCAGCUCUCUCCGAGGCCUUCUGUCUUCAAGGGCUGCUUGGAAAUUAGAUCAAGGCAAACUGUAUGGCCUACUGAAAUGGUUUAAAGCUUUUACUAUCUUUCCCAAGAUUUACUAAAGAGUUUUAGUUGAUCCCUUGGUAUUCCUUGCUGGGCCUUCAGUUGUAAUUUCUAAAGACCCAGAGAAACAUUUUGAAACCAGCAGAUGUAUGUCAACGUAACUUUGGAUAAUGAAAUUACAAGACUUUUGCAGCACUUUGCUGUGCUUUACCUUUGCCCUGUACCCUUCUGUCCACUGCUCUGCUUUUAGACACGUCCCUUCAAAUGGUUCCUUUGACUCCUGAGGACAAACUAGGCUUGAGGAAGAUCAGAUUGAUUUCAGUAAGCUAUAUAGUGAACUAGACACUCCCCCAGUAAACUAGCACCGCCAAGGGAGCGCAGGAGGGAACAAUGUCUUUAAAAACAUUUCAUUUAAUGACAAUCAUGCCGAUAGAAUUUACAUUUCGGUGAGAAGAUUAAACCUGUGUGUGGGAAACCAAUGCUAGAUAUGGAAGUGAUAAACAUGGCAAUUCCUAGCUCAGUAGCGACACAAUGAUGGAGACUGAAGCCAAGAACCAAAUACAAGCCAUAAUAUAACACAAAAGCCAGGAUUGCAAACAUUUGAGAUUUUAUUUUUUCUGUCCAAUCUUCCCCAGAAACUGAAAUCCCUCUUCCUGAUAUUCUCUGCUAGCUGUCCACAACCACUGCUGUGGUCUCCCAGGGGACGAGAGUAGUUUAGUUGGCCCAGCCCUGGCACCCCAUGGCCCCACAGAGUCACAGAGGGUGCCGUACACCUCACAUGUGAUGUUUUCAUGUUGGCUUUGAAGGCUGUUUUCACCCGUUGACCUUGUAAUCACAUUCCUGUGUGGUUGAUUUUAUUUGAUUUUUCCCAAUAAAGCUUAAGCGCUCAUAUCCA